GGCUCCAUCCCAGGACCCCGGGAUCAUGACCUGAGCCAAAGGCAGGCACUUAUGCGACUGAGCCCCCCGGGUACCCCACCUCCUGGACACUUUUAUAAAGAUGGCAGUUUUACUGGGAUAACCCCUGGUACUUUAGAGGCUGGAGCUUCUCACUGGGAGCCUGGAGAGGAGCAGAGAUGCAGGAGGCAGGCCCGGACGUCUAUUGUGUCCAGGCCUCGGCUGAGGGACACAGUCUCAUAUUCCCCUGGCCCUGGCUGGCCUGGCACUCUGUGCUCCUUGCUCUACUUGGGGCCAGUGCUGCCAGCUCAGUUGACUUACCCGGAUGAGCUGGGUGGGCAGGAGAGGGGGCAACAUCUCAAGUACGUCCUGCACUUGGCCAAGGCUGUCUGCACCCAUCUGAGAAAGAGAAUCACCAGAAAGAACCCUGGACAGGCUGCAGGUUAGCCUUGCCUGGGAGGGACAUGCCAGUGGAGCCCCCACCCUGAGGGACUACCACCCAUCAAGGACCUCACCUCCAAGUCAGGGUUUUCUGUGUGCCCCUUCCACGGGAGACCCUGCUGGCUUCACUUCUAGUAGAUUUGAAAACCCCAACCGAAACCAAAAAAGGAUGGGUGACCAGUGCCAGGCAUGUCUGCCCUCAGGUGUGUUUGACUUGAGGCCAGGACAGAGGUUCCCUACCAGAUUUAGGGCUGGAUUCACCCACCGAACCCCAGUCCUCAUCCUGGAGGAUGUUUUCAGAAAGGUGCAUGGGUGCUGCUGGGUGCUCCAGACCCACCCUGUCCCCCAGUUAGCCUGAGGAAUGGGCUACAGUCUCAACUUUAUUUUCACAGAAAAGAUCAAAGCUGGGCUUUAGAGACGGUGCUAUCUGGCUCUUUUUGGAGCGAAUCUUGGUGGAGAAUGUUUGUGUGGGCUCCUCGGGCAUCUGUUGAUACAAUUUACCCCUUGACAUAAUCGUCUCUCUGGAUAGCUGCCUUUAUUUUCAUAGAAAAGAUCAAGGCUUUCUGUGGCUCAGGAGGAGGACCGCAGGCCAGAACACCUGGUCGGCAAUGGGAUGGCCUCCUUGGCGCCACCUGCUGUCAGGUGUAGCCCACGACAGGGGAGAAUGCCGGCAAAAGGGGCAUCCAGAAAAGGGUAGCACUUUUUCAUGCUCUCCUGAAGGUGGUGGUCAAGUGGCAGCCGCUGAGCUGGCAUGAAUGAAAUCAUAGUACAUGGCAAUGAGUGCUAAGAGCUAAUGUGGGACACACGGGCAUGGCCUGUGAGCACAGAGCAGAGGGCAUCUGUGUGUAAGGAUGAACAGAACCUGGACAGGUGCAGUGGACAAAUGCUGAAGGAUGGGGGUGAGUGCAGGUGGAUGCUCGGUUUAGGGCAGUGGCCAAAGGAGGUACCAAGAGAAGACUGGAAGGGGAGAUGGGACCCUUGAAUGCCAGAAGAAAUGGUUUGGACUUCAUCUUGAGACUCUGGGACCAUUUUGAAAAUUUUAAGCAGGGAAGUGAUGGAUUGGAAAAAGUGGGUGGGAGUAUUAACAUGGUCAGAUCCCCACCUGUAACAAAGUGUGGUGGGCCAGCAAUAUUCCAAGGAGUAGAGGAGAACAGAUGGGGAGUGGAGACCCUUGUGAAAGGGGUAUGUCGGUGAGUUGCUGAAUGCCUCCAAAGCCUGGAUGGGUCCACGCUGAAAUCCAUCUGUUUAACUGGGGCAAGGAGUUCUCCUUCCAGCGGCCCAGGGAGGGGGCAGGGGGUAGCUUCAGAGAGCUCAGCAGCUACACAGCCAGCCUUAGCUUGGGAGCACACUUCUUUGGUCAGAGGAGAAGGUUGGGGGCAGUCUUUGAUCUUUUUCCUCCCUGCCCUCAAACCCACCCCAAGCCAGCUGUGAGCGCCCACCCUCUGCAACCCAGACACAUUUGGGAGGGGACACCACCUAAUUAUAAGACCUCAGUUUGUCCAGUGCUGUGCCCUUUUUACUUUUUUCUGCAUUUGGGGGAAUAACUUCAGAAAUGAGAGAUUCGAGUUAGAAGUUCCCCCAAGAGAGCAUCUAAUAGAGCCCCCUUCAGUUAGAAAUGGGAAGGGGGACAUUCCCAAAGUUUCACUAGGGAAUUCUAACACACAAACAUGUUGAGUGCUUUACUCCUCACAAUUCUGAGGUCGGUAUUGUUGUCCUCCUUGUUCUGUAAAUGAAGAACCCCUGGACAGUGGACAGGGAGGAUGAGUAGCAGGUCCAAGGACUCCGAGCUGGUAAGGGGAGGGGAUUGGGAGUGGACCCUGGAGUCUGAAUCCCGCAUUUCUGGUUUGGGGUGGGGAGAUUUUGCCCCUCCAUCACCAGAGGUUGCCUUCCAGGGCACAAGGGAGGUCACCAUGGCUCCCAGCCAUCUCUACUCUGGCCGGAGAUGCCCGCAGCCUCUUGGCUUGGCCCUUCCUCCCACGGGGCCUAGCUCAGUGCUGAGCUGGCAGGAAAUGUGCUUCCUGAAACUGGGACUUCCCCAUGGAGGAUGAGGGGCCACUGGGCAUCCCUGGCCUCAGCCCGAAGAAGGAUGCUGCUCAGCCACCAUGGGGUUGGUGAGGACUUGGCACACGGUUGUGUAGUACCUGGAGUCAGCAGCACCUACCGACGGAUCCCAGACGCGGCUCAGGUUUGCUCACUGGACUCCUGGAAGAGGGAUGGCCAGCUGAGAGGUCCCAGGAGGCAGCAACCACUUCUCAAACUGGCUUCCAGGGACUCAGGAGUGGAGAUGGUGGUCGGGGACGGGCCCCUGACCACCUCACCGGGCCUUUCUCAGGUCUGUCUGGACUUUGAGCCUACAGGGAACCCUGAGCCCCUGGCCUUUGCUCCCGUGGAGCCUCCUGCCCAUCUUGGCCGGCUUCUGGCCAACCGUAAGCUGGAGCAGGUGCUGGAGCGCUCCCGCCAGCUCCCCACCUCCCCGGCCAGCAUGUCACGACACUGCCGCUCACUGAAUCCCCCCUGCGAGCCUGAAAGUCAAGUGCCCCCUUUUGGAGCCGGGGAACAGGAGGCCACAGAGGCGGAAACUGACCUAGAGGCAGGCCUAGAGGAAGCAGAGGUGGCAGGGGGCCUGGGGCCUGGAGCCUGGGCCUGUCUCCCAGGACAGGGGCUCCGCUACCUGGAACACCUGUGCCUUGUGCUGGAGCAGAUGGCAAGGCUCCAGCAGCUCUACUUGCAGCUGCAGACCCAGAGGCCCCCACCGGAUCCUGAAGUGAAGGAAGAGGAGAUAGAGGGGGCAGCGGGGGAGCCAACCCUGGCCCCUUCACCGCCACCCUCUCGUGACCCAGGAGGUGAGGUGCAUGAACUGCUUAGCCAGACGCAGGGGACAGGGGCAGAAACAGCUGCACCCCUAAAGGCUGGGCUGCCCAGUGCCAACCCUCCCAGGCUCUUAGAGGCCGCAGCAGAACCAGCUCAGAUCUUUGCUCCCUCCCAGGGACACAAGGUCAAGGUCCUGCUCAACCGGAUCCGUUGGAGGAGCCCGAAACACCCUGAGUCCCCUGCCCUUCCUGAUGGCCCUGCCCCUAGGAUUGAGUCAAGGGGCGUCCCUGAAAGACCUCCAUGCCAGCCCCUCCGGAAGACCUUUAUGCCAUCAUUUGUGGUUAAGAAGCAACGAGCAAAAAACCUUUCUGUGUGCUGAGACCUCCUGGUGCAGGGACGUGACCCUGGGUUGGGGGGUGUGCAGUGAAGUCUUCUUCCUUGCCCUUUGCCCUGUUGCUGCUUCUGGGCACUGCCAGGAAGUGAUGCUCACCCUUCUCUCUGAGGAGAGGGCUGGAUCUUUCUCCGCUGGGCAGCUUGGCAGAGGAGCCCGAGCUCCCUGAGAGGCCCCAAGGUGCAGCAGCCCCUAGGCUCCUUUCUGGUUGCCAGAAAUCCCUGGGCCUAGUCAAUGUGAACUAAGUUAUUUAUCAGGAGUCCAUGGGGCGUGUUUGGCAUGGUGAUCUACUGGGGCCUAGUGUGUCACAGAUGCAUAUUUGUGCAAAAUGAUCCAUGUAUCUCCGUGAGUCAGUCACUGCUGUGAACUGGCUGGAUCCAACCAUCUCUUCUGAAUCAUACACCCAGAGGGUUGGUUGAUCUUCCGGAUGAGGUAACUGUAGAAGGAUGGAAGCGACCUCCAUUCCUCAGUGCGCAGUUACUGAUUUGGAGUCCUACUUUCUUUCUCGAACCUUCGUGGGUAGCCCCAGGACAGGGCGGCGUGGGGGGGAUGGAUGAACUACUAUUUUGGGAGCCUCUGCAUGGAGUCUUGCCUGUGAAGCAGAGCCCCCGAAGACAACCUGGAAUGGAAGGGUCAGGGACAACACGGAGAAUAGCAGAGUAAGCUUCAAGGUCUGUCUGCAGCCACUUUGGUCCCUAAUAACCUUUACACAUCAGAGCUGAAACCAGACACUCAUACUAGCUUUUAGACCUUGAUAAAAAUCCCUUAACUUUUCUGAGCCAUAGCUUCCUACUUAGUGUCCCGAAUGGUUUAAUGAUACCUGCCCUACCUACCUCACAGUCUUAUUAUGAAGAUAAAAUGAGAUCAAACUCUCAAA